CAAGAGACGGUGCCGCCUGCGCAUGCUGGACGUGACGGGUCUCCAGGACAUUGACACCAAUGGCGGGCCGGAAGGGAUGAGCCUUUGGUCCGGCACGGUGGCGUUGGCCAAAGCCUGCCUCGAGGUCUCCAAACACCAAAGUGAGCUCCUGAACCACGGCUCCAAGCGCCUCAAAGGUCCCUCCGGUGCCUUGGCGGCUCCGCGAUCCAUCGCCGUGGAGGUUCACACUGAUUUCUUCGUCAACAGUACGUCCUACGGCGUCGUGCGCGAUGCCCUGCAAACCACCAGUCCCCUGUGCCUGAAAUGCCGGGAUUUCCACGCCGAGGAGCUUUCUGUUGCCGGCACCGUGAAUUUGUUGGAAUCCCUGGAUCCCGCCAGCGUUCGGCGAGUGGAUUUACGCUUCAGCAACCUGGGGCUGCCCGGUCUUUGCGCCGUUUUACCGCAUCUCACCCGAUUCACCAACCUUCUCAGCCUCAAGCUACCCUACAGCAACGUCGACGUCCGACGACUCCCAGGGGGGAUGGAUUCCAGCCUCCGGUGCGUCGCCAUGCAGCUGGGGAGGCUGCCCUGCCUCAAGGAGCUCAACUUGGCUUCCUCCAGGCUUUCGGGGAAACUGAGGCAUGUUCUCAGUGACGUGCAGGCUCCCCUGGAAAGCCUGGAGCUGCCCUUCUGCUGCCUCCUUCCCAACGACCUCGCCUUCCUUUCCCAAAGCCUCCACGCUCCAGCGCUGAAGAAAUUGGACCUGAGUGGGCACAAUUUUUCUGAAAACCUUCUCCAAUUCCUCCGGGAUCUCCUGGAAGAGGCUUCGGUCUCUCUCCUCCACCUGGAUCUCACGGAAUGCCGCCUGACGGACUCCCGGCUGGAAGCUCUGUUGCCAGUGCUCUGCCGUUGCUCCCGCCUCCGCUGCCUGGGAUUUUUUGGCAACCCACUUUCCACGCCGGGACUCAAAACCUUAUUACAGAAAACUCUGAUUCUCCGGGAUUUACGCCUGGUUUACUACCCGUACCCCGUGGAUUGCCGGAGCCAGGAUCUGCCCUCCACCUCCAGCUGCCUCUUCAAGGACGAGGUGGAUGAAGAGCGUUUUGCUGCGGUGAGCACCGAGCUGUGUCACAUGCUUCGGAGCUCCGGCAGAGCCAACGUCGUCUGGACCACCGACAUCUCCCGGGAUGACACCGUCGAUUUCUUCACUGUGUAG